AACAGAAAUUUCAAUUUCUUUAGAUCUAACCCUAGAAUUCACAAAGUUACUGAUCCGCCGUCCUCCGACGAAUCUAUGUCUGAUCCGCGGUUCUCCGACGAAGAAAUGUUUUAUCCGGAGGCAACUAUCUAUUGUGAUCCGCGGUUACCUGACGGUAGUAUAUAUGGACCGAACUUCGAUUCAUACAUGGAUGCUAAGACAUGUGUCUUUUGGGACGUCGACGAUUACCCAAUCCCUAAUGGUUCCGAUCCUGUUUCGCUGGGGCAGAAAAUCAAAUCAGUUCUCUUGGCUGCGAAUUAUCGUGGGGAAGUCUCAAUGAUACGUUGUCGGAUGAAUUGCGAAGUCAAUACUUGGUCGCCGGAAUCACAGUCGAUCUCAUGCCCCAAGGGGAUGAAUACGCUAGGAGUUCUUCCCUGUUUGUGGACGCUUACCUGUGGGCACUGGAUAAUCCUGCACCAGCAAAUAUGAUUGUACUCUCAAAAAAGGUGUUCGAUACGGUAGAAAGGAGAAAUGCUCUGAGUAUAUUUCAAACUUUUUACAGGGUAGGUUUUGCUGUUGUUUUAUCCGAUACUGACUUGAGCUGGCUACCUCUUGACACGGAUUGGCUACCUCCUCUAGCAAGGUCAACCUUGUUUUUGACGGGCCUCUUUGAUGAUAAGAAGCGGAAGAGAGAGGAUACUCUUACCAUGGCUUCUUCUGAAACAAAAUGAACAAGGUGAGAGAGAAUGAAGAGGCCAUAUCAAAUGCUGAUUCUAUGGACUAAUUUUUCUAGGGUAAACAUACACAUGAAGUAUCUUGGGAAGCUGAAGCGUUUGUAUUUGAUGAGUUGGAACGUGUUUAUGUUUAAAUGGAUUUAAGCUUU